AUGAAGGUCAAGACUUCGGCUUCUUAUCGUUUCUGCUUUCCGGAUAGGCUAUGUUCAAGGUUGAAUCUUCGAAAUGCAGAGACUCUAGCUCAUUACCACUCCGCCCCAAGCCAUGAUUUCCAGAUGCAUGCUCUUGGAAGCGUCACCCCCUUCCCGAGGGCACCUAUCACGCCUGUCAAGAAUGCCCUCUUCAACACUCAGCAAUUUACGCCCUGCCUUAGCCUAGCCCUAACUGUUUGUUCACUAUUCAAUCUUCCAGCGUUUCGCCAACCUUGCUUGGUGGCUAAGUUUGGGCUAGACUUUGAGGGUGUCAUUUUUGCAACGGCGAGGCUUCUAGCGGAAGCCUUGAAUUCUUCCCUUCCUCUCGUCACAAUAACCAUGACAGGACGAUUAACUGCUCUCCGAAUCGAACUAUCGCUAUUCAACGAUCCACCAUUAACCCCUCCAGUAGGUCAAGACCCUCAAUCUAACACUCUGAGACUAGCAUUACAGUUCUGCCUGCCCCUACCCAGCCAUUUCUCUGCAACCAACACCGACACGACUCACAAAGCAGACAAGAAACUUAUAAUUUGGCUGACGGAGUUUGAAAUUCAAAGGAGAUAG